UUCACAGUCUCCGGGUGGACGGUGUUAUCCUCUCCGCUCAGAGCUGAAGUGGGUCGGCUGUGUGAUCGGGAAAGACUUUCGUCUCUUCCGUCGGGAUCACUGUUUGGGGGCCGAAGAUAUCACUUUCCCAUCGUUAGACCUGCAGUGAGAGAUUUAUUGGAAGAAAACCCAGGACUGAAGAUGAGGGAACAGCAACAAGUGAACCAGCCCAAGGAUUGAGAGCAUCGACUGGAGAGAACCCAUCUGACUCGGAGAUUCCAGUGAUUCAGUCAGGAGAAAGUUUGGCCUGCUACAUAGAUUGUGUGAAAGUGCAGAUGAACUGGAUCGAACCCAGAGGAGUUCAAAGUUCCUAUCGACUGUGAUUUACCAACUGUGAAAAUGAAUACCUCUCUGUAUAAAAUUCACUGUGCACAUCUUGUCACUGGGUAAAAAAUGAACAGUACACGAUUCAUGUGCACACUGGUUACUACAAAUUAGAGGGAAUAUUGGAGGGAAGGAGGGGAGACUUCCAGUGUCCCUGAUGCCCUCACCUACAAGAUGUGUAUUCAGCUGCAGUUUGUAACCCUGCACUUUAAGGUGUUGGAUCUUGAAAUGGGUGAAUUCCAGAUCAUCCAGCAGUAGGACGGGGUGAAAGAUAUGACAUGAAGAGAGGUGAGUUCCACCCAAGGUGCAGGACACAGGAAACUGGGUGAGAAUCGGGAAGGGGAAUGAGAUUAAAUAGCCAUCGUAGAGUACUCCAGUGCCAUGCCUGCACAAUAACAAGAGGAACUCUUUAGAAACUGUUGGGGGGAGGAAAGUCAAAGGGCUGAUAAGUGGCUUUGUUAGGGGAACAGAGCAAGAGGCAAUUAAUAUCUUAGUGGUAAGGCUUACUAGAGCUAGUGGGGGUUGGGGCUGAUAUGGUUAAAGUAAGUUGUAGGGGGAAUGGGAGCCAGAAUGACAGAACAGAUAGUGGAGAUGGUGAAUUGAAUUGACUUUAUUAUGUACAUCCUUCAUAUAGAUGAGUAGAAAUAUUUACAUUACAUUACUGUCUAAAUGUGCAAUGUGUAAUUGAAAUUGAUUUAUAAUGUUUAGUUUGUAUAUAGGACAGUCAAGAAAGCAAUUAAUCAGUCUGAUGGCCUGGUGGAAGAUGAUGUCCCGGAGCCUGUUGCUGUGGUACCGUUUCCUGGAUGGUGGCAGCAAGAACAGUUUGUGGUUGUGGUGAAUUUGGUUCCCAAUAUCCUUUGGGCCCUUUUUAUAAAAAAAACCAUACCCCUACCAUCCAGGCUCCCAUCCAAACUCCUUUUAAACGGUGAAACUGAGAUCAUAUUCACCACUUGUGCUGGCAUCUCAUUCCACACUCUCACAACCAUUUCAGUAAAGAGCUUUUCCACAUGUUACCAUUAAAUAUUCACCUUCCCCACUUACCCAUGACCUCUAGUUGUAGUCCCACCGAACCUCCGUGGAACAAGCUGCUUGCAUUUAUUUACCCUAUCUUCUCCCUCAUCAUAUUGUAUACGUCUGACAAAUUCUCAAAGCAAUGUAUAAUUUCCGUGUUCAUGUUUAGAACUUUUUUAGGUGUAUAAGAUGAUGAGGGGUAUUGAUCGUCUGGAUAGCCAGAGGAUUUUUCCCAGGGCUGAAGUGUCUAACACGAGGGAGCAGAGUUUUCAGGUGCUUGGAAAUAGAUACCGACGGGAUGUUGGGGUAAGUUUUCUACACAGAGCCUGGUGGGUGCAUGGAAUACACUGCCGACUUCACUGUUUCAGUUACUGUGGGGCCAGGCAGCUCAGUGGGAACAAGGAAUAAUACCAAUGGAGAGAGUCAAACUCAGCCAAGGUACAAAUUGGAGAUGGCAGAAAUGCCUGAUUCUUAUAGAAACGGGAACAGCAUCAGGGAAUUGAUGGUCAUUCCAGAUACCAGCACUGUGUCCAGUUACAAGAUGAUUUCUCUCACCAACUUGGGUUGAACCUCACUUUAACAGUGUGAUGUCAGAUCACACCUUGACAACUCAAGUGAUCUCAUCUGAAAUGUUGUCCUACACACAUUGAUGGAUUUUGUAAAUCUUUUUACAGGUUAAAAAUGACAAGGAAUUUGUCUACGGGAAUCCCGAACACAACACACCAGUUUUGCUGUCUCUGUCCAGAUACUUAAGAAGAGGAGCAAGCGAUUCACUCGAUCAUCCUUCCUGCUCAGACUGCGGAGAGGGAUUCACUCGAUCAUCUGACCGACUGGCACGCCUGUAAUUUCAAACAUCUGCUCAGACAGUGGGAAUGGAUUCAGUCGGUCAACUCAACUGAAGGUACAGCAGCAAGUUCACACAGGGACGAGACCAUUCACCUGUUCUGUGUGUGAGAAGGGAUUCAGUCAGUCUUCCCACCUGCAGACACACCAGUCAGUUCACCCUGGGCAGAGGCUGGUCAUCUGCUGAAUUUGUGGGGAAGGAUUCACUCGGUCAUCUGACCUAAUGGCUCACCAGCGAGUUCACACUGGAGAGAGGCCGUUCACCUGCUUGGACUGUGGGAAGGGGUUCACUUGGUCAUGCCAUCUGAAGCUACAUCAGAGAGUUCACACUGGGGAGAGGCCAUUUACCUGCUCAGUCUGUGGGAAGAGAUUCACUCAGUCAUCCAGCCUAAUGGCUCACCAGCAAGUUCACACUGGAGAGUGGCCGUUCACCUGCUUGGACUGUGGGAAGGGGUUCACUCAGUCAUGCCAUCUGAAGGUACAUCAGCGAAUUCACACUGGGGAGAGGCCGUUCACCUGCUCAGACUGUGGGAAGGGAUUCACUCAGUCAUCUGAACUGAAGGUACAUCAGCGAGUUCACUCUGGUGAGAGGCCAUUCACCUGCUCAGACUGUGGGAAAGGAUUCACUCAGUCAUUUAAGCUCAAAAUACAUCAGCGAGUUCACACUGGAGAGAAGCCGUUCACCUGCUCAGACUGUGGGAAGGGAUUCACUCAGUCUGCCCACCUACGAUCACACAUGUCAGUUCACACUGGGAAGAGGCCGUUUACCUGUUCAUACUGUGGGGAGGGAUUCAUUUUGUCAUCACAGCUGCUGGCACAUCAGCGAGUUCACACUGGGGAGAGACCGUUCACCUGCUCAGACUGUGGGAAGGGAUUCACACAGUCAUACAGCCUACUGGUUCACCAGCGGCUUCACACCGGCGAGCGGCCGUUCACCUGUUCGGACUGUGGGAAGGGAUUCACUUGCUUAGCUAAACUGAAGCUACAUCAGAGAGUUCACACUGGAGAGAGGCCGUUCACCUGCUCAGACUGUGGGAAGGGAUUCAUUUGCUCAUCUGAACUGAAGGUACAUCGGAGAGUUCACACUGGGGAGCGGCCGUUCAUCUGCUCAGAAUGUGGGAAGGGAUUCAUUCAAUCAUCCACUCUGAAAGUACAUCAGCGAGUUCACACCAGAGAGAGGCCAUUCACCUGCUCAGAGUGUGGGAAGGGAUUCAUUCAAUCAUCCACUCUGAAAGUACAUCAGCGAGUUCACACCAGAGAGAGGCCAUUCACCUGCUCAGAGUGUGGGAAGGGAUUCACUCAGUUAGGUAACCUACAAGCACACCAGCGAGUUCACACCGGGGAGAGGCCGUUCACCUGUUCAGACUGUGGGAAGGGAUUCACUCAGUCAUCCAGCCUACAAGCACACCGGUCAGUUCAUACUGGGGAGAAGCUGUUCACCUGCUGAAGCCUGAAUUAUACCUCUGCAUAGACGCUAUGCCGUUGUGAGCAUUUCUACUUGUGAUUUUGUGUGUCUGCAUCACUGCCAAAAUGCUAGUUGGUGUUGGGGUUCUGUGCUACUGUGUUGAAUUGACUUGUGUUGAGUUGCGAACAAUGGCGACUGCUGACUACGUCUUGUUGGAGUUGGAGCUAAUCAAUGUUGCAGAAGUGUUACUUUUUUUGAAAUUACUGCAACGCAGAAAAAUGAGAAGUUUUUCCAUUACCUUUUGCAGUCCAUGAUGUCCAAAGCAAUGUUGGAAAUUUCUUUGCACGAUUUUGAUGCCAUUUUCAAGUCUUUAUUGUCUGCCAAUGAAGAGUCGUG